GCUUGACGCGUGAAGUUUAGUCCGCGGGAGGAUUCCUCAGCGUUCAGGAGGAGUGGGCGUGGCUGAGGCCCGGCUAUACUUUGUCCUGCUCGGGUGUUGCCGGAGAGAGGUCGGAGCCAUGUCUUUCAUCCCGGGGCAGCCGGUUACUGCUGUGGUGCAACGGGUUGAAAUCCAUAAAUUGCACCAAGGAGAAAAUCUGAUCCUUGGCUUCAGCAUUGGAGGAGGAAUCGACCAGGACCCAGCACAGAACCCAUUCUCAGAGGACAAGACAGACAAGGGCAUCUAUGUAACACGGGUAACAGAGGGAGGCCCUGCGGAGGUGGCUGGGCUUCAGAUGGGAGACAAAAUAAUGCAGGUAAAUGGAUGGGACAUGACAAUGGUAACGCACGACCAGGCGAGGAAACGCCUCACCAAGAAAAAUGAAGAAGUCGUCCGGCUGCUGGUGACGAGGAAAUCCUUGCAAGAAGCCGUACGACAUUCCAUGAGACCCUAAGUGUCACAUUCCCGAGAGUCUGGAUCUCUUCUUAGCUACACAGGUGUACUAAAACCGACACAUUUCAGUUCUCUAUCACUCACACCAGCAGCACAUUGCAGGCCUAUAGGUUGCUGGGUCCUUUCUGUCCCUCCCAAGCUACUGAUUGUUCUGCACCAAGACAAACCAAAAAAAAAAUUCUAACGUGCCUGAUAUCCAUCAACCUUACCCUGUACCUGACUUUAGCCUUGUAAUUUCCUGCUUUCCCCAGUAGACAAGGAUACAUCAUUCCACAGUAGGGAUGGACUGAAUCCAGUAUUCGGUUCAGAAUUCUGCCUUUUUCAGCAAGAUUCGGAUUCAGCCAAAUCCUUGUGCCUGGCCUAACCGAAUUCGGUAUGCAUAUGCUUAUUCUGAUUCAGCUCGGUAUUCGGCUCAAUCCCAAAUAGUGGAUUCAGUGCAUCCCUAUUCCACAGCAAAGAUAAAGCAGGUACCUCUGUGCCCUAGCAUUAAAAUAAACAGGGUCCACACAUGGUGGCCUCCCCAGUGACAUUUCCAGCUUAGUUUUUUAAUAUAUUCAGGUUUUAAGUUACUGCUAUGGGAGCAAGCACAAUACAGGGACUAUAUUUUAUAGAAUUCAACAUUUAAACACAAGUCCCUGUGUCACUGGCAGAUUUAUUGUCGUUUAGAGCAAAUAGUCUCUUGUAGAAGGGGAAGUAUAGUUUGAAUUGAGUCAUUGUCAUCUGACAGCAUUAAUCACAAGGGCUGCCAUCAGCAAUCUCUGGGUACAGCCUGAACUAGGAGUCUCUGCCUCUAAUUACAGUGAAAGUGUUAAAUCGGAUGAAUCACUAAAAUGCUUAAAGUAGGCCAGUGAUCCCCAACCAGUAUAUCGUGAGCAACAUGUUGCUCCCCAACCCCUUGGAUGUUGCUCUCUGU